UUGACGUGAUUUCGAAUGAAUUUCCGCAAAUGCAUGCGAAGAAUUUGAUGACAGAUAUUUCAAAUAUUGAACAUCCCUAAUUACGGAAACACAUUUAAUUUAUUAAUAGUGAUUAUUAAUUAGUCAUAAAUAUAACAUUAUCGGUUUAAUGUUAGCGCUGGUACGUUAAAGCGAAAACGCGCGUUUGUAUCAGUUAAAUACAAACAUAUAGUUUAUUGUGAAUAAACAAAAAUGGAAUAUAAAAAAAAUCUUAACCUCGAAUUUAUAGUGUGUGCAUUUCUAGUCACGGCAAGCGUUGCGCAACCGUUUCCACCGCAGGGAGGACAGUUCCAACCUAUUCCAGCAAGCAAUCAAAACAUACAAUCUGGUCAACCGACCAAUCAAAACAUGCAACCAAUGCAACCAACCAAUCAAAAUAUGCAACCCACCCAGACAGCCAAUCAAAACGGUCAGCUACAAAUUCAAUCAACCAAUCCGGUACAGGAUACUCAAGAACUUUCACCGGAAGAACAAAGUCAAAUAUCCUGCGCUCAGGCGGGCCGGGCGGUUGUGUCCCAGUGUUUUCAGCAGAAUGGCGGGUUUGAGAUGCUCACAGUUAUCGCCCUUCUCUCAAACGGCACCCAGAGCCCUCUGCCCCCGAACCCAGAGUCCGUAAGACAGAACCUUUGUCAAGCCAAUCGUCAAAUCGUUGCAUGCGUGUUUGCAAGCAUCGAGCGGUAUAAUGGUUCACAGGAAUGCAGUACAGAGUCGUCGUACACUCGCCUGAAGCAGGAAACCGUCGGCCUUCUCAAUGGGGUACAGCAGAUGUGUGGACAGGGUCUGAUGCCGGAAGUGACGCCGUGCAUGCAGCGACUCAACUACGACCUGCUGCAGUGUGUGCCGGAAGUGGGACUCAAUCCGGACCUGUACACUGGCCGCGGCUCCCGCAUGGAGGGCGCCAUCAUCGGCGACAACCGUGAGGUCGCCCGCAUGUUCUGCGACAAGCGAAAGGAUUUGUUUGAGUGUCAGCAACGGGUGUUGGCGCGAUGCCAGGGGUCGCGCUUGCUGCAGCAGCUGUCCGGUAACGAUCAGAAGUCCUCGCAGGCCGGGAUCGACGUCCUGUGUGGGGAUAUUGACGUAUACGUGAGCGGGCUGGUGUGCUUCCAGACGCCAACCAAGGAGGUGAACCGGUGCGCGGCCUCGCUAGUAAGCGACAUGACGGACGUCACCAUCAAACAGAUCCGGGACGACCUCGAUACGCCAGCCUUCUUCAGGGAAUACUGCAAAGUGCGAAUAGGUAACUUACAGUGCGACAGCCGCGCAUGGUCGAAUGUUUGUAACAAAACUGCGGUUAAUUUGAAAUCGGAGUACCAAUGUAACGUUCUUCCGCCGCAGUGUAAGAAUGACUCGAGCAUCCAGGCUCUUUAUGAGCAGACUUGUGCAGCAAAGAACUUCGCGCGUGAACAAUCCGUGUCCGGUUCCGGUUCAGAACCAGGUGGCGGAGUUUCAAAUAUUUUGGCGGGAGUUAUGACUUUGGUUUUACCGAUAUUUGUGAUGUUUGUAUAAAAUGGUCGACUCGUUCUUAGAAAGUGAACUGUAAUAAAACUUGUUUUGUUGAAGCUUACUUGUUUUGGUUAAAUGUGUGUUGUUUUUAAUUUGGUUACAAAAAUGAACUCUUUAUAAAAGUUGUGUGAUAUCUAGUAGAAGCUUGAUUAAAUGCAUAUGUUUGUUGGCAUUUGAAUGCUAAUUUGGACUGAAUAUUAUAUAUCAUAGUUCGAUAUUGUUCUAAUUCAAACGUCUUUUUUCUGUGCUGUUGCAAACUCAA